AUGACCCGCACCGAACGCGCAACCUCGCCCCGCGCCCUCCGCCGCGACCGGUCGGAGAACAAAGACGGUGUAGACACGAGCAUGCGCAAAGGCGGCGCGGGCGCGCACAACUGGGGCUCGCUGGACGAGGAGGCGCGCGCGGAGCGGGAGGGGCUCGAGGAUGAGCGAAGGGAUGUUAGGGCUGCUGUUAAGGACGGGGACGAGAUCUCUCCGAAAGUCGAUGCGGGGAUCGAGGAUCAGGGGCCUGCGUCCCGGUCUGUUUAUACGAGGACUGUGGACGAAGGCGAGCGGCAGAGGGCUCUCGAGACGCGUCAGUCGGCGCUCAAGAAGACUGACGUCGAUCUUGGCGACAUCGCUCGCUCGUCCGCGGCUGUGUCCGGUUCUCCUCCGACGAACUACAACGUCAACCAGUAA